AUGGACAGUGGAAGUGUCACCCCCUGGGCCGAUCUCCCUAAAGAACUUGUCGAGAAGAUCGGCAGUUGGCCCGGUAGCACACAAAUUGACGUCCUUCACCUUCGUGCAGUCUGCACAACAUGGCGUUCAGCAAUUCCUCCUUUCAAAAACUUUCCUUCUUUACCUCUCAAAUUGCAAGUCCCCAACGACACGGACACUUUUGGAAGCAAUCCUGAAUUUUAUUUAAUCGAUAGCACAGUUUAUCUCAUUCAACCCAUUGAUACUAAUAAGCCUUCGUCUUCGUCUUCGUCUUCUAGAUCUGGCUGGUUGGUGAAGGUUAUGCAAACAGCAGAUGGAAAAUUGCGGGUUCUGAAUCCACUAUGCCACAAAGCAAUGGACGUUACGCCAGAGGAUGUGCCUAAUAAGUCAGGGGACGAGAAAUGGACUACGUUAAGAGAUGACAGUUGCAAGUCAAUUCUCGACAUCAUUGUGUAUAAAGGGAAUUUUUAUGCUGUCGAUCUAGAUGGUGAGACCAUAAAAUUUGAUUACUCGCUUAAUGAGACCAAGGUAGCUUCCCGGUUGCACAAUAUGAGGGUUGCUGUUAGACGUAUGAAGAAGAAACGACUUGUGGAAUCAAGUGGUCAAUUGUUUCUUGUUGAUACGUGUUCAUAUAACUCUGAUCCCAAUGAAGUCGAUAGGAUUAGAAUAUAUUGGCUAGAUAAACAAAAGCAUGAGUGGACUCGUGUGUAUAAAUUGGUUGAUCGUAUUUUCUUUGUUGGUGACGACUGUUGUUUCUCAGUUUCUCAAAAGACUUUGAUAUUUUUCUUGCCACCACCAUCUUGGCUUAAUCAGAAAUCAUACAGGAAGAUCAAAAGUUUGGCCGGAAGCGGAGAUAUAGUAGUAGACAAAGAAGAAAAAGGACGUAUUUUCCAAAAUUACCAGCUGGAUAUAAAUUUUAUUGCCAAAAUAAUAACGGAUACGCGGAAUCCGCGGUCGGUUGACAACUGUUAUAGUGGAUCCCAAGCGGUUCACGGUUUCACUCCGCCUGCCCCAAAAUAUAUAGCAGCAAUACUAGGGCUUUAA